UUGUAAAUAUUUUUCUUGCCAGACCAGGAGGAGCGUCGAUCGGGGAGGCGAUUCGCUGCAGUUCUGGAGCUCCCGAGGUCGAAGAUGGAGAACAAGGCGAUACUCAAGGAGUGGUUCGAGCGAGUCGACUCGGACAAAACCGGCAGCAUCACCGCCGUCCAGCUCAAGCGAGCGCUCGCGGUUGGGAACCUCGAAUUGUCCAUCUCGGUCGUGGAGCAGAUGAUCAGGAUGUAUGAUUUCGACAGGAAUGGGACGAUGAGCUUCGAAGAAUUUGUUGCUCUCAACAAGUUCCUUUUGAAGGUUCAACAUGCCUUCUCAGACCAUGAGAGGGGUCGUGGAUAUCUUGUCCCUGACGAUGUAUAUGAGGCCCUGGUGAAAAUUGGGUUCUCACUUGACUCUCCAUCAUUUUACAGUGUCUGUGAGAGCUUCGAUCAGAAGAAGAACGGAAGGUUUCGGCUAGACGAUUUCAUGUCUCUUUGUAUUUUUGUUCAGUCUGCAAGGAAUCUUUUUAGUUCUUUUGAUACGGCUAAGCAGGGGAGGGUUACUCUUGACUUCAACCAAUUUGUCUAUUGCACUGCCAAUUGUCGGAUAUGAAGUCAACUCACAUGAUGUCACUGCAACUGCAAAAGCUGCCUGACAAAUUAUGUAUAUACAGACUCAACGACAUUAUUGGUGAAUGAGGAUAAAGGCAUGUGUGUACUUUGAAGACUUGUCUUUUUUUCGUAUAUCAUACUAUAGUUGUAGAUUCUUUCAUGUUCACGCAGCAUCUAGAUUGUUUCCAAGGGGAAAUCGCUCAUCCUUUAUUGAUGCAUAUUAUUAAUAA